AUGAUGAAGACGGAGCCCCACGCCGCCAGCCCCGGCAACAGCAGCAGCGGCAGCCUGAGAAGCGCCUCUCCCCACAGGAACGCCUACGAAGCGGGGAUCCAGGCCCUCCGAGCCACAAAGGAUGCCCUUGGGGCCGCCGAGAGCGAAGAAGCCAAGAAGGCCAGGAACAAGAAGUAUGGCUCCAACGUGCACCGGAUCAAGAACAUGUUCCUGCAGAUGGGGACCGCCCCGCUGGGCGAGGGCACCUGCGACCUGGCCAAGGUGAAGGAGAAGCCCGUCCGGCUUUCCUUGCCCAGGGCCAGCAGCCUGAACGAGAACGUGGACCACAGCGCGCUGCUGAAGCUGGGGACCAGCGUGUCGGAGAGGGUGAGCCGCUUCGACUCCAAGCCCGACAAGCCGGUCUCCAAGCUCCAGGAGACCCGGAAGAUCUUCGAGCGGAGCCUUCAGGAGAAGGAGACCACCAACAAGCUCCUGCUGAGGAAGGAGAGGGCUGGCUUCCAGGACAGGAAGCUGGAUGUGGUGGUGAGGUUCAACGGCAGCACGGAGUCCCUGGACAAGCUGGACACGGAGGCCGUGUCGCCCACCGUCAGCCAGCUCAGUGCCGUCUUCGAGAAGGCCGACUUGAGGAACAACCUGCACAAAACCCCCAGCAAAGUUGGGCCCCUCAACUCCAAGAUCGUCAGCAAGAGGUCCCGGGUCUUCCUCCAGGGUCCGGAAGGGGGCAAGGCGGAAGCCAGGGGGGGCGACGGGCCGGCUCCCCAACUGAGAGGCGACAAGGCCCAACCCAAACCGGUCGCGCCCAGGCCGGGCGAGAAGGACGCCAUGGGCCCACGGGCCCAGAGCGUCCAGGAGGUGCGGAAGAUCAAGCCGGUGGAGGUGGAGGAGAGCGGGGAUUCGGAGCAGGACUUGGCGUCUGGGCCCGAGAGGGCCGAGAUGAUCCAGGCCGAGGUGACGGUGCAUGCGGCCUUGGAGAACGGCGGCCUGGCUGCGGAGAAACACGGGCAGGCCCCGGAAGUGGACACCUACCCCGAGGAGGAGGGCAAGGCCGAGGGGCAGGAGGAGGCCGACCUGGGCGAUGAGUCCAAGAAGGAGGACUUCUCGGAGGCCGACCUGGUGGACAUCAGUGCAUACAGUGGGCUGGGGGAGGACUCGGGGGGGAGCGGGCUGGACGAGGACGAGGAGGCCGACGGGCUGUACGAGCCCGAGUCGAGCUGCGUGGAGAUCCCCGGGCUGUCGGAGGAGGAGGAGCUGGCUUCCAACCGCAAGAUCCAGUUCAGCACGGCUCCCAUCCAGGUGUUCAGCACCUAUUCCAACGAGGACUACGACCGCCGGAAUGAGGAUGUGGACCCCAUGGCUGCUUCGGCCGAGUACGAGCUGGAGAAGCGGGUGGAGAGGCUAGACCUCUUCCCAGUGGAGCUGGAGAAAGACUCCGAGGGGCUGGGCAUCAGUAUUAUCGGGAUGGGCGCCGGAGCGGACAUGGGCCUGGAGAAGCUCGGCAUCUUUGUCAAGACGGUGACGGAAGGGGGAGCGGCUCACCGGGACGGCAGGAUCCAGGUGAAUGACCUCAUCGUGGAGGUGGAUGGUACCAGCCUGGUGGGCGUGACCCAGAGCUUCGCGGCCUCCGUGCUGAGGAACACCAAGGGUAGAGUCCGGUUCCUGAUCGGGCGGGAGAAGCCGGGCGAGCAAAGCGAGGUAGCUCAGCUGAUCCAGCAGACGCUGGAGCAGGAGCGGUGGCAGCGGGAGAUGAUGGAGCAGAGAUACACCCAGUACACGGAAGAGGAUGAAGAAACGGGCGAAUAUGCCACGGACGAGGACGAGGAGAUGAGCCCCAUGUUCCCCAGCAGCGAGAUGGCCAUCGAGGUCUUCGAACUGGCUGAGAACGAGGACAUGCUGUCCCCUGUCGAGAUGGACCCCGAGAAGCUGGUGCACAAGUUUAAGGAGCUCCAGAUCAAACACGCCGUCACCGAGGCCGAGAUCCAGCAGCUGAAGAGGAAGCUGCAGUCCAUUGAGCAAGAGAAGGCUCGCUGGCGAGCCGAGAAGGCCCAGCUGGAGCAGAGCGUGGAGGAAAACAAGGAGAGGAUGGAGAAGCUGGAGGGUUAUUGGAUGGAGGCUCAGAACCUGUGCCAGGCGGUGGAUGAGCACCUGAAAGAGACUCAAGCCCAGUACCAGACCCUGGAACGGAAAUACAGCAAGGCCAAGCGGCUCAUCAAGGAGUAUCAGCAGAAGGAGAUCGAGUUCCUCAAGAAGGAGACGACCCAGAGGCGCGUGCUGGAGGAGUCGGAGCUGGCCCACAAGGAGGAAAUCGACAAGCUCCAGGAGAAGAUCUCCGAACUGGAGGGGAAGCUGCAGACCUUGAAAAAUUCAAACCCGACUUAAAACAAACAC